AUGUCAACUAUAAAAGAAGACCCUACAGGGUUUACUAGAUCAUUUGAAACUCAUUAUAAAGAUGAUAAUGAUACCGAAAUAUUCUUUCAUAAAAUUGAAUUAGAUAAUAAAAUCAUCUUAAAUAUUCAAUUCAAUGGUGUCAUGGAUACAACUUUUGAAUUACCAUUAUCAUCCAAAGCAACAGUGAAUUAUCUCAGUUCCAUAUCGAAUAGUGAAGCAGAUAUAGGGAUUGAACCAUUAUUAUUAGUAGGGAAUCAUGCUAAUUUAAAGAUUCUGAUUGUUGCUUCUCAAAUUGGUAAACUUAUAGCGACGUCGGGUCAUCCUAAAGAUUGUAUAUUAUCAAUUGGGUCCAAAUGGUUUGGGAAAUUUGAUGAGUCUAAUGAUGAUGAUUUUGAAAAAUUAAUGUUUAUCUUGGAAAAUACAAAAAAGUUAAUUCAAUAA